CCCCGGCUCCUGAAGAGCGCGCGGCGGAGGAGAGCAGCCGGUUACUUCCUCCAGCGGCUGCGCGGAGCGCGGUGUAGUCCCAGCCCCGAGCGCCCGGAGCCCGCCCGCCAGCAGCCCGCCGCCCGCCGCCCCCCGCCCGUCCCGGCCUCCCGGACAUCCCCCCCCCGCGCGCCCGCGGCCGCGCCCGCGCCCCAGUCGGCGCGCACCGAGGACCUCGGGCCCCGAACCGCCGGCGGCCCUGCCCGAAGAGGCGCGAUGAAUGAUUUUGGAAUCAAGAACAUGGACCAGGUGGCCCCUGUGUCCAGCAGUUACAGAGGGACACUCAAGCGCCAGCCUGCCUUUGACACCUUUGAUGGCUCCCUGCUCGCUGUUUUCCCCUCCCUAAAUGAAGAGCAAACACUCCAGGAAGUGCCAACGGGCUUGGAUUCAAUUUCUCAUGACUCGACCAACUGUGAGUUGCCUCUGUUGACCCCAUGCAGCAAGGCUGUGAUGAGUCAAGCCUUAAAAGCUACCUUCAGUGGCUUCAAAAAGGAGCAGCGCCGCCUUGGCAUCCCGAAGAAUCCCUGGCUGUGGACUGAGCAACAGGUGUGCCAGUGGCUUCUCUGGGCCACCAACGAGUUCAGUCUGGUGGACGUCAACCUCCAGAGGUUUGGCAUGACCGGCCAGGUGUUGUGUAACCUUGGCAAGGAGCGCUUUCUGGAGCUGGCGCCUGACUUUGUGGGUGACAUUCUCUGGGAACACCUGGAGCAGAUGAUCAAAGGUACCGAAAACCAAGAAAAGACAGAAGAUCAGUAUGAAGAAAAUUCACACCUCAACUCAGUUCCUCAUUGGAUUAAUAGCAAUUCGUUAGGUUUUGGUGCGGAGCAGGCGCUGUAUGGAAUGCAGACGCAGAACUACCCCAAAGGCGGCCUCCUGGAUGGCCUGUGCCCAGCAUCCUCAGCGCCCAGCACGCUCGGUCCCGAGCAGGACUUCCAGAUGUUUCCCAAGGCCCAACUCAGCACCGUCAGCGUCAACUACUGCUCCAUCAGCCAGGACUUCCCGGCCGGCACCUUGAAUCUGCUCUCCAGCAGUUCUGGGAAGCCCGGAGACCACGACUCCGCCGAGACGGGCGCCGACAGCUUCGAGAGCUCGGAGUCACUGCUGCAGUCCUGGAACAGCCAGUCGUCCCUGCUGGACGUGCAGCGGGUACCGUCCUUCGAGAGCUUCGAGGACGACUGCAGCCAGUCCCUCGGCCUCAGCAAGCCGACCAUGUCCUUCAAGGACUACAUCCAGGAGAGGAGCGACCCGGUGGAGCAGGGCAAACCAGUUAUACCUGCGGCCGUGCUGGCCGGCUUCACAGAAAAACACAACCCGCCCCCUAUCCCCUCAGGAAGCGGACCUAUCCAGCUGUGGCAGUUUCUUCUAGAAUUGCUGUCCGACAAAUCCUGCCAGCCUUUCAUCAGCUGGACGGGGGACGGAUGGGAGUUUAAGCUUGCUGACCCCGAUGAGGUGGCCCGCCGGUGGGGAAAGCGGAAAAACAAGCCCAAGAUGAACUACGAGAAGCUGAGCCGGGGUUUACGCUAUUAUUACGAUAAGAACAUCAUCCACAAGACGUCGGGGAAGCGCUACGUGUACCGCUUCGUGUGCGACCUCCAGAACUUGCUGGGCUUCACGCCCGAGGAGCUGCACGCCAUCCUGGGCGUCCAGCCGGACACGGAGGACUGAGGCCGCCCGGGGCUGGAACUGGGGCCGUGGGGACCCAUCCAAGGACCCUGAAAGGCAGGAUCGAUGCGUCUGGGAACGUCUCCAAGAAGCAGUGGCCUUAUUUCAUCUGGUACCGCGGUUCUCCGCCGAAAGCAGCACAGUUUCUCGCUUCUAAAGCCUGCUGCCAGGAACACGCAACUUAAGAUGCUGUUAACGUUAGAACGGCCCAGAAAGAAGCGCCGGGCAACCGUCCUGGCUCUGGGCGGGCUGCGUCGUGACAGGAUCGUUCAGGCUGUUGGGUCUUCUCAAAGGAGCGAGCGUGUUGUGGACACACACUUUUGGAUUUUCUUUUGCCUUUUGCAACCAGGAAACGCCAAUGCCAAAGAGGUCUCUGGUUCAGAGGGGGAAGAGAGUGCAAGGAAACAAUCAUGCCAUUUCAGAAGUUAGUUUGUAUAUAUGACUGUAACCUUAUAAUUGUUAUCAAAAUCCCCUAACAGACCUAUUUAACAGAAAUGAUAUAUUGUAAUUUAAAAUAAUUAUGUAACUGUAUGUGAAAUAAGAAUGCAGAUGGCAUCUUGCAAUGUAUUCCAGCUGUCAGGAGCACAGGUGGCAUUUUGCAAACAUUUAAUCUGCCAGGGCAGACUAAGAGAAGUUGUAAAGUGUGUAUUAUUUACAUUUAAUAUACCUACAGGAAUAAGGUCUAAGAGGGUUGAUUCCUGGUUUUUUUCGUUGUGUUUUGUCUGGGUUAUCUAUGGCAAGGACUCUGUGCAUUUGGGAAUUUUUAUAAGAAACUUAAUGUUAUUAUCUGGGGGCCCAUCUGGCCUCUCUGCUUCUCCUGUAAUUGUAAUGUAAAAGCUAUAAAGCAGUAUUUUUCUUGACAAAUGGCAUAUGUUUUCCAUUUCUAUGCAUGCCUUUAAAUCAGUUUAUAUACAAAACUUAUUUUUUACUUCAACUGUUUUUCCCCCAACAACUAACCUCCCCUUGACCAGCCAUUUCCUUCCUGUGCCCCAAAUUAUGCUGUCUGAUUAAAAUAAGAAUACUAUUUUUGGAAAUAUGCGACUCCUUUUCAGAGAUCAGGAGGGAUUUAUGUAGCAGCUAUUUUUACUGCAAAAGUAAUUCACUGGAAAAAAGUGUGAUUUGUAAAGAAAGUUUUAUUUUUAUCUCAGCUCCAUGUAAAGUUGACGUACAGAGCUGAAGGUGCAGGGGGAGGGGAAGCUUUAUUAAACCUCCUGAAUGUGAGUAAAGCCUGAUUUGCCCCAUCUUGUUUACCUGUCGAGUCUUGGGCUUUCUGGAUACUAAGCUGCUCCUUUCUGUUUAGUGUCCACAGUUUUAUUUUCUUGGAUGCAGAAUGCCCGGAGGCAAAAAGAGGGCCAACAAGAUGGGAAAGAGAAGGGAUUGGGGUUGUUCCUGUGAAGAAAACAUCUUGAUCAUGAUGGAGACUUUUGUAGUUGUUUCAAAGGAAUCCCUGGUUCAGCCUGUGCCUCCUGCCUUUUGUAAAUGAUCAAGUCAAGUUGGUUUCAAAGUUGGACAGCCUUCACUAGCGGCAUGAGGAGAUACUAGGACCAUCGGUGACAUCUCUAAAGAAGAAUCGUCCAUCCAUGCGAUGAGACCAGGGGCUUGGGUGGUGGGGCGAGCGGGGGAGAGCAGAGCUGGAAGGGGUACCACACAGCCUCAGUACCCACACAAGACUGUAUUCCAGUUAUCACUACGCCCAAGGUGUUUUUCUCAACCAGGACCUGUUUAUCUCUCAGACAUCUGUUUAUAACAUCAACAGACAUGGGACUGGGAACAUCUUGCUGCCAAAAAGAAAUCUUAGCCAUUGGCUCAUUUUAUAUGGGGUUUGACCACAUGAAAUUGCCAAUGCUUGUCUGUUUCAUCUACGAAGUUGGCAGUUGUAUGUGGCUCAACCCAAUAGUUAAGGAAAAUCAAAUCCAUGGUAAACCUUUGGCGUGGUAAUGAGCAGGAGUAUAAAAGUUUUGUAAUUUGGCCUUUUCUUUCUCAAAUAAUAAAGUAUUUUGUUUAUAUAAA